AUGAAACUCAAAGGAGGCGAUGGGGCCCAAAACCCCAGCCAGCCGACUGCCGGUCCACGAUAUUCGUUUAUCACAAAGGAGAAUGUUACUCCUAUAUCUGGGGCAUUGGCUGGGUUAAUAGCUGGAAUUGCUGUCUGUCCACUGGAUGUAGCCAAAACAAGACUGCAAGCCCAAGGAGCUUUUCUGCAGAGUAAGAAUGUUGACCACAAACUUCAUCAGGUGUUCGAAAACAAAAGAUAUCAGGGAUUAGUGCAAACAAUAAAAACAAUAACGAGGGAGGAAGGUAUUAGGGGACUUUAUAGAGGUCUGGUUCCAAUAUCGAUAGGAUAUUUGCCUACUUGGAUGAUAUAUUUUACCAUGUACGAAACUUGUCAAAAGUUUUUGGAUAGAACAUCAUUUAUUUCACAGGGUAAUAAUCUUUCUUAUUUUAUUUCUGCCAUUGGUGCUGGACUAGCUUCAUCAACUUUAACUAACCCGAUUUGGGUGGUCAAAACCAGAUUAAUGUUGCAAACAGGAUCAGGCAGCACUAUUUAUGACCGAUUUGAUGGGAAACAUGGGAUUAACGACAUGAUCGAAGAUAAACUAAAACACAGUUACUAUAAAGGCACAAUAGACGCCUUCCGCAAAAUGUUCAAGGAGGAAGGUAUACUGUCUUUCUAUUCCGGUCUACUUCCAUCUUACUUCGGACUUAUCCAUGUUGCGAUUCACUUCCCAUUAUACGAAAAUUUUAAGAUAAUAUUCAACUGUACUCAGAAGGAUAUCAAUGAAGCGAGAAAGAACAAUGUCAAUGGAAGUUUGCCCAAAUCAAUUGUGUUCAAACUUGCAUUUGUGUCCUGUGCAUCCAAGAUGUUCGCCAGUGCAAUAACCUAUCCGCACGAGAUUCUACGAACAAGACUUCAAAUUGAUGGUCAUGACCUAGGUAGGAAGAAGUCAGGACUCAUAAAGACUAUAAAGAGCAUAUAUUUGAAGGAAGGUAUUCGUGGGUUCUAUUCUGGUUUCGUCAUUAAUUUAACCAGAACCUUACCCUCCAGUGCAGUGACGCUAGUCUCUUUUGAGUACAUUAAGAACUACCUUGACAAGAUUGCUUCUCCCGCCCUAUAG